AUGGCUCCACUUAAAGCAUUGUACGAGAAUAGGUACAGAUUUCCCAUAGGAUGGUUUGAGGUUGGUGAAGCGGCAUUAAUUGGGAUAGAUUCUAUUCUUGAAGCUAUGGUAAAGGUUCAGUUAAUUUGUGAAAUAUUGAAGACUACUCAGAGUCGUCAGAAGUCAUAUGCAGUUUUAAGGAGGAGAGAACUUAAGUUUGAAGUGGGGAAUUGGUUAUUUUUGAAAGUGUCGCCUAUGAAGGUAAUAAUGAGAUUUGGAAAGAAAGGGAAGUUGAAUCCCCGAUUUGUUGGUCUGUAUAAGAUAGUGUGGUAUAUACAAAAGGUAGCUUAUGAAUUGAGCCUUCCAUCAGAGUUAGUUGCAAUUCACUCAGUGUCCCAUGUUUCGAUGCUCAAGAAGUGCAUUGGAGAUCUGACCUUAGUAGUUCCCCUAAAGAGUAUUGGGGUCAAAGAUAACUUUUUGUAUGAGGAGAUUCCUCUGGAGAUACUUGAUAAGUAG